AUGUCAAACGCUUUUGCUUCUUCCGUCGGUGCCAGCGGCGGCGGGUCGUCUGUGUCCGCGUCGGCCAUCGUCGGCUCGGUCAUCGGUUCCGGGUCACACUUCCUCCGCAUCGAGGGCUACUCCUCCACCAAGGGGCUUGGCAACGGGCGAUUCAUCGAGUCCGAGAGUUUCACCGUCGGAGGGCAUCGUUGGUGCCUGAGAUACUACCCUGACAGUUCAAACUAUCACGACUCCCUGGAGAUAUGCAUCUUUCUGAAGCUUGUUGACGCUGAUGCCAAUAAAGUGGAAGCUAAAUUCACUAUGAGUCUUCUCAACCAUAACGGGGAUCUGAUUCCGAGGCCAGGGAUCACCCGGGUGAUCCACCACCACACCUUUUCUGCCGGUAAAGAUUCGACUGGUGUUAUUCUCAUUUAUAGGGACGACCUGGAGCGACGCCUGAAGGAGGAUGCUUUCGUUGUCAGGUGCGAUGUCACAGUGGUGAAGGAGAUAUUCACCAAGGCCAUCCCGGUUUCUGAAGUUUUUUCGUCCUGUCGUAAAACGGGAAAGAUGAAACGGCUCCUCUCGUUCGACCAGGGGUAG